GUGAAGGUGAAAUCAAUGACAAUAAUAUUCUAAGUAAUUCAAGUCAUCUUCAAAAUCGUAGAAAAAAAAAAACAUCUGUUUUAUUAAAAAUCUCUAAAGGAAAAAAAUCAAAAUUAAAAAAAUCAAAAACAGUAGCAGCAUUGAGAACUAGUUUUGUUUGGAAUUUUUUCAUAACUGAUCAUGAUAUAGAAAUAGAUGUUGUUUAUACAAUUUGUCAAAUAAAAGAUUGUACAUGUAAAUAUACCUAUCAUGGUUUUACAACUAAUUAUACAAAACAUCUUUGUGAUGAUCAUCAUAUUACUAAAGUUUCAUUAUUUUCAAAAACUCCAGAAGAAAUAA